UAAUGCCUGCGUCACAGCAGGGGGCGUUUUGAGCGAUUUCUUUCGCUGUUGUAUGUUUCGGUUGAGGCCCAAAUUUCGGCCCUAAGCCGGUUGGUUGUGCUUAAUAGUGUUUAAUUGUUAUUGGCCCUUUUGGGGCCCAAGUUAUGUGGUACAAAGUUUAAGGUUAUCAGUAUGAAUUUUGGAGGAGGAAGUCCAACUACGGUAAUCCAGGUAACAAACUUAAAUCCAGCGGUGAGCCUGGAGCAAUUGUUUAUCCUCUUCGACUACCUAGGAGAAAUCGAAGAUCUGCGCCUCUUUCCACCCGACAAUUCUCCUCUUGCAUUUUCCUCCAAAGUAUGCUAUAUUAAGUACCGUGACGCUGCAAGUGUUGGUGUGGCCCAGCAUCUAACCAACACUGUUUUUAUUGACAGAGCCCUGAUAGUUGUACCCUACUCUGAAGGUAAGAUCCCAGAUGAAGCCAAAGCCUUGUCUCUGUUGGCGCCAGCCCCUGGUGCACUGGCAUUACUACCUGCCGCAGGACUUGUUCCAGUUACUACUGCUGCUUCUGUGCCUGCUCCUGCUCCUGCUCCUCCUCCUUUAGCUUCACUUGGUGUUCCAUUAAGCUCUUUGGGGAUUACGACUGGAGUGGAGACAGCAGCUUCAGGAAUAGAUUUAACACAACCCCCACCGAUAGGUAAUGUGGAUCCUUCAAAGGUUGAUGAGAUCAGACGCACUAUUUAUGUCGGUAACCUGAAUUCACAGACGGCAACAGCAGAGCAGCUGCUUGAAUUUUUUAAGCAAGUCGGAGAUGUGAAUUUUGUUCGAAUGGCUGGAGAUGAGACACAGCCAACACGAUUUGCAUUUGUGGAGUUUGCUGAUCAAGCCUCAGUGCCUCGAGCACUUGCCCUCAAUGGAGUCAUGUUUGGAGAUAGACAGCUGAAGAUUAAUCAUUCAAAUAAUGCAAUUGUGAAGCCUCCAGAGAUGACACCACAGGCUGCAGCUAAAGAACUAGAGGAAGUGAUGAAGAGAGUAAGAGAGGCCCAGUCAUUUAUAUCAGCUGCUAUUGAGCCAGAGACAAAGAGCAGUGAAAAAAGAAAAAGGUCUCGUUCCAGAUCCCCAUCACACUCCAGAAAGAAGAGAUCAUGUUCAAAACGAAGGAGUAGGUCCCAUGACAAGUACAAAUCCCGUCACCAUGAUAGUCGAAGGUCCAAGAGUCCUCAGAGAAAACUGUCACGAUCCAGUGACCAUAGGAAGUCGCGAAGCCGUUCUGCAUCAAGAGAUAGAAAAAAAGACAGAGACAACAAAAGUUCUAAAGAAAAAGAAAGAUCAAAAGAUAGAGAGAGGGAUGACAGAAGACGUAAAGAAGAGAAAAGGCGGUCUAGAUCUCCUCUCAAGAAAUCGUCUUCAAGAAGGUCUCUAAGUCCUAGCAGGGAACGGCGCAGGAGAAAAAGUAGAAGCUCAUCAAAAUCUCCUAGAAAGUCUCGAUCCCCCAAAAGGCAUUCAAGGAAAGUUUCAAGAUCUCCUUCACCAAGAAGGAAUAAGAAGGAAAAGAAGGAGGAGACAGAACAGAGCACAGGGAAAUACGAAAGAGAACGUUCAUCUUCAAAGAAGACCAGCAGUGACAGAGACCGAAGAGAGAAGGAGAGCCGUAGUAGUGGUGAUAGAGACCGAAAGGAAAAAACAAAGCGUCCAGUUAGCAGUGAUGCAGAUAAAAGAGUGAAAGUAGAAGAAAAUUCCAGUAGUACUGAUGCAGACAAAAGGGCAAAAGUAGUAGAAAAUUCCAGUAGCAGUGAUGCAGGCAAAAGGGAAAGAGUGGAAGAAAAUGCCAGGAGCUGUGAUGCUGGCAGAAGUGAGAAAGCAGAAGAAAAGCCCAGUAGCAGUGGUGUAGACAGAAGGGAUAGUGAAGAUUUGAGUCUCUGUUCUAAAGAUAAUGUCCGAAGAGAAGAGGAGGAAGAGCAUUCCAUUUGCUAUUAUACAGACCAAAGGGAGAGGGAAGAAAAGAAUCAAGAGAAUUACAUAAGACGUGAUAUGGACACAAAGGAAGAGGAAGAGGAGUAUUGCGUUGGCAGUGAAAGACAUGAUAUGGACACAAAGGAAGAGGAGUAUUGCGUUGGCAGUGAUAUGAACAGAACUAAGGAAGGGGAAGAUCAGAUUAGCAGUGAUAUGGACAGAAAGGAGACAGAAGAAGAGGUGCACAUUGACAGUGAUAUGGAUAUGGACAGAAGGGAUAAAGAAACAGAGGCUCAAAGUAGCAGCACUGAUGACAUAAAGGAGGAGGAGAAUCCAUUUAGCAAUGAAAAGGAUAGAACAGAAAUUAAUGAGAAUUCCAGUGACAGUGAUACAUGCCCUUUGGAGAUGGAAGAGGAGAAUCUUUAUGACAGUGAUAUAGACAGGGAAGAACAGGAAACUAAUUUUUUUAGUGAUGUAUAUGGAAGAGAAAGCAAUAACAGUCCAAAUAGCAAUAAUGCAGACAGAGGGCAGGAGCAGUAUCCAAAUUGUUACAACACAGAAGAAAGACAAGAGAACUUCAGUAAUUCUCUAAAGCUGGCAAGAGAAGACAAGGGGGAACAAGGAAAUGAAAGUGCUAGAAGCAGAGAAAACCUGGAUGUACCAGGCAUUGACAGUAUUGAACUGCAUCAGAAUGGAAACUGUAAACUCUACGAAGAAGAGACACUCCCUGUCAAAAUGGAAGGGGAGUAA